CACGACGAUCAUCUUCCUGUCGCCCGUCCACUCGCUGCACCUCAAACACCACACACCUCAUCAUGCCCCGAGCUCCCAGGAAGCAAUCGAAGACCUUCAAGGUCCCCCGAAGGCCUUUCGAGUCUAGUCGUCUCGAUUCGGAACUCAAAUUGGCAGGAGAGUACGGGCUCCGAUCUAAGAAGGAGAUCUGGCGAGUCGCACUCGUUCUUUCCAAGAUCCGAAGAGCUGCCCGUGAGCUCCUUAAGCUCGAGGAGAAAGACCCCAAGCGACUGUUCGAAGGAAAUGCCAUCAUUCGACGUCUCGUACGAAUCGGUGUCUUGGACGAGACCAGGAUGAGAUUGGACUAUGUACUGGCACUGAAACUCGAGGAUUUCUUGGAGCGCCGUCUCCAGACUCAGGUCUUCAAGUCUGGACUCGCAAAGUCAAUCCACCACGCCCGAGUACUGAUCUACCAGCGUCACAUUCGAGUCGGCAAGCAGAUUGUCAACGUUCCAUCUUUCAUCGUCCGAUUGGACUCGCAGAAGCACAUUGAUUUCGCCCUCACCUCGCCAUACGGUGGCGGCCGACCUGGACGCGUCAAGAGGAAGAGGGCAAAGGCUGCUGAGGGAGGUGCUGGCGGUGACGGUGGUGACGACGAAGAAGAGGAGUAGAGAGGUCACCUCGGGCUACUGUUCAGCAUCAGGCAUUGACGACAGACGACACCAACUCUCCAGACGGUCGAUCCGGUUGCCGCCUUGACCUUCCUCGCUCUGCUCUACAAUUCAUCGACAAUUCAUGUACAUCAUCACCCUUUUGCCGAGCUAUCUUCAUACAUUCU